AUGCCACCGCACCAAGAUCUACUGCAGGCCAACACUGAAUUUGAUUCCGAGUCCUCGUCAGAGUCUGAUUUGGAUGACUCAGACGAAGAGCUUGUAUGUGUCCAUGCCACAAUUGCACCUGCUCCUGUAGAUGCAACAUCUCAGGAGCUCCGUCAGGCUCUCGAGGUCACUCAGAAGUUGUUACUCAACUUGCAUAGUACAUACCGGGAGACUAUGAAAAGGAAUGCACUCCUUGAGGCAGCAACAUCCAAAGGUCACAAACAACGUAAUCUCACCCCAAAUGAUCUUGCGAUGGCAGCCAAGGAAGACACCAUCCGAACUCUUGGGAGGAAGUACUCCAUCACUCAUUGCCUUUGGGUUAACAUUGAGAUCUUCCCGUUGUGUACUUGUCCAGACAUCAAUCUUAACAGCAAGGAAUGCUGGAUAAGUGGGGUGUCGAUGGAGGAUGGUGUAAAGGCUGAACUAUUCCAGUUCAUUCCUACAGAAGAGCACGAAUUGAUGAAUUAUCAGAGUUUUGGCUCUUAG